AGCAAAAUGUGAAAAAAACUCAGUUGAUAUGCCGCCACCACGCGGCAUACUUUAUUAAAACAUGAAUAAUUAGUUCAAAAUGACUUUUUGGUUGUUUCUCGCGGUCUUUCUGUGCGGUGGGUUGUGUCAGAGUGAAGAGAGUGAUUUAGGAUACGGAUUGAAUAUUGGAAAUGCUAUCGACGUGUUUGCCAACUAUGGAGAUCUCUCACAAGUUACACAAGUUGUAUCCGCCGAUUACGAGGAAGAAAAUGCAGAACACGUGGAACCUUUCAGAGAGAAGAACAUUCGCUUAUUUUUAAACAUCAGCAGCCGACAAGUCUCCGGGGAUACGAUGAUCGAUAUGAAUAUCUUACUAUGUGAAACUUUCGAUGACCUCUUGGCGACUUACUUCGAAAACUUUAGAAUAGAAGGAACAGACAAACCUUGGAAAGCGUUCUUGGGCGAUUGGAUACUUGACGAAAUAAUGCGUGCAUUCGGUAUCGAAUAUGACACUAAACCUGACAACUGUUGUUACGUGCUGGUGAAAUUGAUGAAAGUACAUAAAUCCGUACAACUGGAUAGUUUGGAUAACGUUGUGGUCAAAGACUACGUGAAGAGAGCCAUAGACAAACUAAAUGUUAGCGAUGCUAGCGACGUAAGAAGAUUUAUGAAGAGCUACGGUACACAUUACAUCGAUUCAUAUGUUACUGGGAAUUUUAUUUAUCAAGUUUUCAAAUACAAACGGACAGGCUACAAUCUCCUCCGAGCGUACAUACGGCAAAGAAACAUGCGUCAAUCCAGUUCAGACAACCUACGCUUUUAUUUUUCAUCGUAUUUCCUCAAACAAGUCGGAGAAAUACGGAUAGCGAGCGGUAACAAAACAGUAGAGACAUGGGCAAAGACGAAUCUAAGGGACAGCCAAUAUUUAUAUUCAAGACCAAGUCUACUUCGGUUGCAUUACAACCCAAUACUAGCAUUCAAACUGAACGAUUUACUAGACAACGGAGCGUUACUUGGUCUUGGUCUAAAGACUUUAAGACCGUUGUUCAAAGACCGGCGUAAAGCUGACAUGUUCGCGGAGAUCGUCGAAAACGAUAUGAAACUAUGGGAGGUUAAUGCGUAAUAUUAAUUGGUAAUAUGUGUGAAAUACGGGUAAAAGAGAUCAGUAAACGUUUUCUUUCCAAAACUUGCAUUUUGUAUGUGUAUUUAAAAACCAGAAUUUCUACGGACAUUUUAUUUUAUACAUAAAAUUCUUGUGUCACAAUGUUAGU